UGAGAUCAGAGCUCAAACUGCUUUCACUUGUGAGAAAGUGAAACUCAGACAGUCUUUGUCACUGAGAGGUGAAAUGGCGCAGAAAGGAGUUCAGCUGGACCGCGAAACCUUCUCUUGUUCCAUCUGUCUGGACCUGCUGAAGGAUCCGGUGGCUACUCCCUGUGGACACAGCUACUGCAUGAACUGUAUUCAAAGCUUCUGGGAUGAAGAGGAUGAGAGGAAAAAGUACAGCUGCCCUCAGUGCAGGCAGAGCUUCACACCGAGGCCUGUCCUGCUGAAAAACACCAUGUUGGCAGUUUUAGUGGAGGAACUGAAGAAGACUGGACUCCGAGCUGCUCCUGCUGAUCACUGCUAUGCUGGACCUGAAGAUGUGGCCUGUGAUGUCUGCACUGGGAGAAAACUGAAAGCUCUCAAGUCCUGUCUGGUCUGUCCAGCCUCUUACUGUGAGAAACACCUCCAGCCUCAUUAUGACGCCGCUCCAUUAACAAAACACAAGCUGGUGGAGCCCUGCAAGAAGCUCCAGGAGAACAUCUGCUCUCGUCACGACGAGGUGAUGAAGAUGUUCUGCCGCACUGAUCAGCAGUGUAUCUGUUAUCUCUGCUCUGUGGAUGAACAUAAAGGCCACGACACAGUCUCAGCUGCAGCAGAGAGGACUGAGAGGCAGAAAGAGCUGGAGGUGAGUCGACAAAACAUCCAGCAGAGAAUCCAGGACAGAGAGAAAGACGUGAAGCAGCUUCAGCAGGAGGUGAAGGCCAUCAACCGCUCUGCUGAUAAAGCAGUGGAGGACAGUGAGAAGAUCUUCACCGAGCUGAUCCGUCUCAUGGAGAAAAGAAGCUCUGAUGUGAAGCAGCAGGUCAGAUCUCAGCAGAAAAGUGAAGCGAGACGAGUCAAAGAGCUUCAGGAGAAGCUGGAGCAGGAGAUCACUGAGCUGAAGAGGAGAGACGCUGAGCUGAAGAAGCUCUCACACACAGAAGAUCACAACCAGUUUCUGCAGAACUACCCCUCACUGUCAGCACUCAGUGAAUCUACAGACUCAUCCAGCAUCAACAUCCGUCCUCUGCGGCACUUUGAGGACGUGACAGCAGCUGUGUCAGAAGUCAGAGACAAACUACAGGACAUCCUGAGAGAGGAAUGGACAAACAUCUCACUGACAGUGACUGAAGUGGAUGUUUUACUGACAAAUUCACCACCAGAGCCAAAGACCAGAGCUGGAUUCUUAAAAUAUUCACGUGAAAUCACACUGGAUCCAAACACAGCACACACACAGCUGUUAUUAUCUGAGGGGAACAGAAAAGCAACAUUGAUGGAAAAACAACAGUCUUAUUCUCAUCAUCCAGACAGAUUCACUGUAUUGUUUCAGGUCCUGAGUAGAGAGAGUCUGACUGGACGUUGUUACUGGGAGGUGGAGAGGAGACGAGGAGUUUGUGUAGCAGUCGCAUACAAGAAUAUCAGCAGAGACGGGGGGAGUGAAUGUGUACUUGGAUUCAAUGACAAAUCCUGGGCGUUACAAUGUGACACCAACAGUUAUAAGUUUUGGUACAACAAUGUCCAAACUCCUGUCUCAGGUCCUCAGUCCUCCAGAGUAGGAGUGUACCUGGAUCACAGUGCAGGUAUUCUGUCCUUCUACAGCGUCUCUGAAACCAUGACUCUCCUCCACAGAGUCCAGACCACAUUCACUCAGCCGCUCUAUGCUGGAAUCUGGCUUUGGGAUCUCCCUGGAAACACUGCUGAGUUGUGCAAACUCAAAUAAGC